AUGUCCGCUGAUAUCCCAGACGAUUAUAAUAUCCAGGAGGCGUGGAAUAAGGCAUGCCAGGCCUUUGCGCAGACCGCCAAGGUCGAUCUGACCAAAUCCCCGACUUUCACUGUUGAUGAAGUCCUCGACCAGAUUCAUCAAAAGCAGCAGGAUGACGAUGAGAAACAUAAUAAAUACAGGGUCGCCAAGGAUGCUAUCGCCAAGACGAGCAAGUUUAUCAUGCUGUUGGGCGGCAUAGCUGCUCAAGGUGCCAGCAUGGUUUUUGCUCCGAGCAGUCUUUGCUUCAACGCGAUUUCAUACCUCGUUGAUGUCGGAGCCAAAUACAAGCGCAUCUUCAGCAGUCUGGCCGAGCUCUUUCGGCGAAUCUCUGAUGUGCUUGAGCGAUGCAAGAUCUACAUGCGAUUACCGGCGGAAGCAGUCGAUAUCGCCCUGCGCAAGAUCAUCAACGAAGAGUUGGUGUGCUUUGUUGAUAUUUGCGCCUUGUCAAUUAGGGUGAUGAGGGGAAACAAGAUCCUCACCGCGCUCAAGGUUUUCGCCUUCGACAGCGACGAAGGUGUUAGCGGUCAAUUGGGCCGUUUGGCUUCACUCGUUGAACGUGAAUCCCAGAUGCGCGCGACGCUGGGAUUCGAGUCCCAGAAAAUCAGCGAGAAAGUUAUCGUGGAAACCCGCGAUGGAACGAAGAAAGUCACCGCUUCUGUUGAUAAGCUUUUGACGUUUGAGAAGAAGAGAGAUGCCGACAACGUGGCGCAGCGACUUUUGAGCAAUAUUGAUAAUAACCUUGACAAUCCCAGCGAGACAAUGAAGAGUAUUCAGGCUAUCUUCAAACGUCAUUUGAAUGACCAAGUUCAGGGUAGCGGAGAAUGGCUUCAAGAAGACCCUCUGUAUACAGCGUGGUUGAAUACACAGUCGCGAUUUUCAAUUCUGGGCGUGGCUGGGGAUGAGGGGUUUGGAAAAUCUUUCCUCUUUACCGCCAUUGCGAGGAGCCUGCAAGAACUGUGUGGUGAAGGUGGAGACGAAAUGUCAUGCAAAUCUGCAGCAUACUCUUUCUUUGACCAUGAAACGAAAGAUACGUCUCUGGUCAAGGCUCUGGAGGCCCUUGCCUGGCAGAUUGCUAAAUCGGACAUGUUAUACAGAAAGGAUUUGGGCUCGGUGAAUACAGUCGGUGUGAACCAGAUCGGCGAUCUCUGCAAUCAACUUUUCGGCAAAUCUUAUAAAACCGAUUCCACCUUCUUUCUCUUGCUGGAUGGCGUGGAUCGAAUUGAUAAACAACAUCUCAAAGAGUUUGUGGAUGUGCUAGGCAAUUGGCGAUCCAAGUCUGUCGAAUGGCCUCGGUUUACUCUUCGCAUUCUCCUGACUGGCCGGACGGAGACAGUUGCAAAGAUUAAGACUGAGCUCGGAGACGGAAUUUCGGUUCUUGAUAUGGCAUCCAAGAACCGCCACGAUAUGGUCAAGUUUAUCGACGACCGCAUGAAUAAGAUGGAUAACCUGAGCGGGUCGUCUGAGCAGGUGAGGUCUCUCCGGGAGGAAGUCUUGGAAGCUCUCACAAACCAAACAAACGGCGACUUCGUCAAUGUCGGACUUCUCCUGGACGAAAUUAGUGGCAAGCAACGCCCAGGCGAGAUCCGUGAAAUUUUGUCCAGGUCGGGCGAAGAUCGGUCAGAUACGAUUGCUCGCAAGAUCGAGUUCCUCAACGAAAGUCUUAGCGAAGAGGAUAUCUCUGAUUUGAACGAUUUGCUGACUUGGGUCCUUUUUUCGUUCCGUCCUCUCUCACUUGAGGAAUUGGAGGCGGUUAUUUUCUUGAAAUCCCGCGAGCCCUCUCUCCGGCCUCUGGCUGAGAAAAUCAGAGAUCAGUACUCCUCGGUAUUCCAUAUUGCGGCCGCGCGUGUCCACUUCGUCUCCGACUCAAUUGCCGAUUUUCUGCGCGGAAUCUCAGGUCCAGAAAAGGAGGAGGAUGAGGAAAGCUUGAAAGACACAGGCGAUGUGAAUGAUUCUGAGGUCAGAAUUGUCCGACGGUUCUUGGAAUCCGUUUGCGAUCCCAAAUUGUUUGACAAGUUCGGAUUCGAAGAUUUCUUCCAGCGCAAACUCAAGGGCAAGACCGCUCGUGUUGGGGUCAAUGCUGAUAUGGCACACCUGACGAUCGUCUCGGCCUGCUUAGAGGUCAUCUGUGCUAAGGAGUCACCAGGCCUUGACCCUCUGCUUGAAUAUGCAGUCGAGUAUUUCGGUGAUCAUCUCGAGUCCGCGGAUCCUUCGUUAACACUGCCACGACACAAAAUAGCUUUGGGUCCGCAGUUAGUGAAAGUUUUCACUGAUGACGAGGUCAUUGAGCGGUGGUGGAUCCUAAGUAACAAUUGGAUGCGGAAGCAAUGGCUUUAUGUUGAUUCUUACGCCGACGUUGUUUUGAGAUGGUUGCAGGAUUCUGCUGUCACUAAGAAUAUACCGGAGGAACAGAGAAAAUGGAUCAAGAGUCUCAGUUCCAAAUCCGAACUUGAGGCAGAUCUUCUUGAACACGUCGGCAGAUUUCUUGCUCGCCGAUGGCUCCAGUCCGGCGCAGACGGUGUUGCAUUCCUGUUUGACGCCGCUCAUGGCUAUAUCUCAAAGAUUGAAAACCGGAAGGACUCUAGCUAUGUACGUGUGACCGCGGAUCCCGAUGUUUCUCAAAUCGAGCCUUCCCACAUCAUGGCCGCCGUGACCUGGGCCCAGCAGCGGAUCGGAAUCGAGAAACUCGACUAUGAGGAGAACCGCAAUUUGGCGCGAACUCUGCGCGACUACGGAAAGUUCGACGAAGCCAUCGAGCAAUUCAAAAUCACAUCUACACUUGCCAAAGAGAACUGGUUUUCUCAGAUUGGCCUGGCGGAGUGUUAUGGAAUGAAGAGUGACUUUGCCGCAGCCAUUGAGACCCUCGAGGCCACAAAGCAAGGUAUUGAGAGUGGGGAAAUUGGGGAUCCAGAAGAGCUCGAAGACUGGUUGGUGGAUAUCAAUAAUGACCUGGCGAAAUGGAACAGAGAGCUCGGCCGCGGCGAAGCGGCUCUCGCAAUUUACGAGAAUCGAUUGAAGGUCUACCCGGAAGACUACGGCACCACUUACAACCUUAUUUCGCUGUUGCACAAAGAAGGAAAACACCAAAAUUUGCUGGAAUUGCUACAGUCGCUGAAGGAUAGCACGGACAGAAUUACUGGGCUCGAUCUUCUAACCCGCAAUUUCCAUGAGCACUACGAGCAAGAUCUGUAUAACGAAGCUCUCUUCGCGUCUGUAAAGGGUGAUCAGGAAUUUGAUAUCAUCUUCCAGGGCUACAACGACGCCGUUCUUGCCGCGAGGGAACAAUCCGCCCAGGAGAGGAAGGCCGGCAAUACCACAGGAGAGUGGAAGGCUCAGAUGUGUCAGGUUGACCUCAUGACUCAGAUUGCACUCCUGUGCACAGCACAUGGCACUGGAUACCCCGAUCGAAUUCAAUGUGCAAUCGACCAUUUGCUGCGCAUCCUGGCGGUCAACGAAAUUCACGACGGCUAUAUUGCGGCGAAGCAGGCAGUCAUCUGCUCGCAGCUCGCUCUGAUUUGCUUUGACAAAGCUCAAGAGUAUCCAGAUAGUGCGACGGAAUACCUCAAGCACAUGGAAUACGCCGCGACAUUCAAAGGCGCAGAGGAUCUGGUCUGUGGGUUCUAUGGCUCGCAUCCAAGCCGCAUCCUCGCCCGCUACCAUAUUCUCCAGGGGAUGUUGAAAAGGCUCGAAGUAUCCUGCAACCUAGAUCUUCUCUCAGACGAUGAUCCUCUCAACGACUGGCAAGCGUAUAAUGGUUUAGCAAUCCAUUUUAUGUUUGCCGGACAAGAUGCAGAUGCUCUCGCUGCAUGGUCUCUGAUAACUCCGAACGGGGACGAGGAAAAUCCUGUACCUGACUUGUCUGGGGAUGACGCUGAAGAAUUCUCUAAUUACUGCGAUGGCAACUGUGGUACUUACUGGAAAUAUGCCGAUGAUUUCUACCUGUGCAAAACCUGUCACUAUGUGCAGUUCGACAAAGAGUGCUUGGACAAACUCCGAGGUGGGACUGGCGAAGCCAAGAUCUGCUCUAAGCACCAUGAUACACUGCAUGUUCCAGCGUACGAUGCAGCUGAGCGCGAAAGAAUUGGCGAAGGGAAUGUCAAGGUUGGGGAGGAAAUUCUGACAGUGGAUAAUUGGCUCCAAGGAAUCCGCAAGGAGUGGGGUAUCAAGUUGGUAUGA